AUGGACUCCUUUGGGUCGAUUGACAAGCUUGAAGGAUCUGAUUUGCACGAAAAGGGUGGCCUUGUGUAUCCGAAAGGUGCUUCUAGCACUGACAGCAAUUCACAUGUUUUCAAAAAACCUCAGAAUUCCAUUUUUGGACUUGAUAAGCUCGCUGCUAAGAAACGAACUGAGUCACAGAAUGGGCAAUCUGCAGUUUCUCUUUACAAACAGCGAAAUUACCGGGAACCGCGAAUAGAGACACCUUCCUACGGAGGUGGUGUCAGCAAGGAUUAUCUUGACUCUCAGUUGUACAAGAAAAGUCGUGAAAAGGCAGGUCAAUUCAAAUCAGGCUUGGCUUACAAGACCGGUGACCCGUUCAAACAAAAGGGGAAAGAAGACGACCGUGAUUACCGUCGACACCAUAGCAGCCGCAGCGAUCACUCCAGUGGUCGCACUGAGGCAGAGGAGAGCGACCGCAAGCGUCGGGAGCGCGAUUGGGAAGCGGAAACCCCACGGACCAGUUCUUACCGCUCCACCACUACCUCACGUUACAUUGAGACGCCACGCCAUCUUCGGCCCACCGACACUCCGGGUUUCACCCCCUCGCGCUCCACGCCCUGGGAGAGGGACAAUGAAGCGGGAAAGAAGCGCUUCCGAUAUGAAUACACACCCCUCCAGACGCCAUCCUAUAUGCAAAAUCCCUGGAUGAAGGGCAGUAUCGGUGGUGGCAGAAGCAGACAAACGGCCCCCACACCGUCGAAGGAAAUGCAGACACCUUCACAGACGCCUUUUGUGCCUGUGGAUGAGAAGGAAAUGGAGGCUGAGGCAGAACGUCUAGAUAGGAAUUGGUACCUAAUGGAUAAUGGUUAUGAUGAGGGCAACAAUCCUUUCAUAGACGUUCCCGAUGACUAUGUGGCAAAGAAAGAGCGUCAAUUAGCCGAAGCGCGUCGACGCAAGAAGCUGCGAAUGUCAGCUCGAGCAGUGCAGAUCCAGAAAGAGAACCAGGCGUGGGAGAUCAACCGCAUGCUGCGCUCCGGUGUGGUUGAACGCAUCGCUACCGGUAGUGCUAGUGGGGAGGGUGACCUCGGUGGUGUCAAUGACGAUGAAGAAGAUCUGAAUGAGGAGGGUGAGGCUCGGGUCCACCUCCUGGUGAAGAAUAUUAUGCCACCCUUCCUCGAUGGCCGCAUUAUCUUUACCAAACAUCCCGAGCCUGUUAUGCCUGUGAAGGAUCCGGACGGAAUAAUGACGAAGGUGGCCACAAAGGGGAGCGCCAUGGUGCGCUACUUCCGCGAACAGAAGGAACGUCGGCGAGCACAGAAGAAGGAGUGGGAGCUGGCGGGCACACGGAUUGGUGAGAUUAUGGGCAUUAGACGCGCAGAAGGUGAGGAUGGUGAGAAGGAUGGGGAAUGGAAUGAGGCCUCUUAUCGGGAGUCACAGACCUUUGCCGACAAGAUUGGAGGCCAAAAGGAUCAGGCGGUGUCCAAUUUUGCCAAAUCGAAAACCAUUAAGGAACAACGGCAAUUCCUUCCGAUCUUUGGGGUUCGAUCAGCCUUGCUACGCCUCAUUAAGGAGCAUCAGAUUGUGGUGAUAGUGGGGGAGACAGGUAGCGGCAAGACAACCCAGUUGACCCAAUACCUGCACGAGGACGGUUACACGCAUUACGGGAUGGUGGGCUGUACUCAGCCACGUCGUGUCGCUGCCAUGUCAGUAGCAAAGCGUGUUGCUGACGAGAUGGGCGUUGGACUGGGCGAAGAGGUUGGCUAUGCUAUCCGGUUUGAGGACUGCACUAACGAGAAGACAGUAAUUAAGUACAUGACCGACGGUAUUCUCUUGCGUGAGUCCCUCCGCGAGUCCGACCUCGAUCCCUACUCUGCCAUCAUCAUGGACGAGGCCCACGAACGCUCUCUCAACACCGAUGUUCUUUUUGGUCUCCUUCGAGAGAUCGUGAGUCGUCGCAACGACCUGAAGUUGAUCAUCACCUCGGCGACAAUGGACGCAGACAAAUUUGCUCAAUUUUUUGGCGAUUGUCCCAUCUUUCACAUUCCUGGGCGCACCUUCCCUGUGGAUGUCCAGUUCAGCAAGUCACCCGUCAUGGACUAUGUUGACGUGGCAGUAAAGCAGACAAUUCAGGUCCACUUGGGAUCACCAGAGGGAGACAUUCUCGUCUUCAUGACGGGUCAGGAAGACAUUGAGGUGACGUGUGAAUUGAUUGCUGAGCGUCUGAGAAAUCUGGAGGAGGCUCCGCCCCUGUGUGUACUUCCUAUCUACUCCCAAUUGCCGAGUGAUCUUCAGGCGAAGAUUUUUCAAAAGACUGAGGAUAAUACGAGGAAAUGUGUGGUUGCCACGAACAUUGCAGAGACCUCACUCACAGUGGACGGUAUUCGCUACGUUAUCGACGCGGGUUACUGCAAGCUAAAGGUGUUUAAUCCACGUAUCGGUAUGGAUGCUCUUCAGUUGUUUCCUAUCAGUCAGGCUAAUGCCAACCAGAGAGCGGGUCGUGCUGGUCGAACAGGUCCUGGGGUUGCCUACCGCCUCUACACAAUCGGCCAAUUCGAGGAGGAAAUGCUAAUCUCCUCCGUGCCCGAGAUCCAGCGCACCAAUCUAGCCAACGUGGUGCUUCUCCUCAAGUCUCUAGGCGUGCGAGACUUAAUGCGUUUUCACUUCAUGGAUCCGCCGCCGCAAGACAAUAUCCUCAAUUCCAUGUGUCAGCUGUGGGUGUUUGGGGCGCUGGAUAACACAGGUGGACUCACCCAAUUGGGCCGGCAGAUGGUGGAGUUUCCGCUCGACCCGGCGCUUUCUAAGCUCCUUCUCGUCGCCUGUGAGAUGGGAUGCUCAGAGGAGGCUCUCACUAUCGUGUCGAUGCUCUCCGUGCCGUCCAUAUUCUUCCGACCCAAGGGCCGUGAGGAAGAUGCCGAUUUGGCAAGAGAGAAAUUUCAAGUACCAGAAUCGGACCAUCUGACCUAUCUCAACGUCUUCAUUCUCUGGCGCAAAUCCGGGUACUCCUCCUCCUUCUGCACGCGCAACUUUAUCCACGUGAAGGCGAUGCGGAAGGUGCGUGAGGUGCGUCAACAAUUGAAGGAGAUCAUGGAGCAACACAAGGUGGCCCUCUGCUCCAGCGGCACCGAUUGGGAUGUUGUUCGCCGUUGUCUUUGCUCCGCCUUCUUCCAUCAGGCCGCCAGGAUCAAGGGCCUUGCGGAGUAUGUGAACUUGCGCACUGGCAUGCCUUGUCGUCUACAUCCGACCAGCUCGCUCUACGGCAUGGCCUACACACCCGACUACAUUAUCUACCACGAGUUAGUCAUGACCUCCAAGGAGUAUAUGCAAUGUGUCACCGCUGUCGAUGGGCGCUGGCUGGCCGAGUACGGCUCCAUCUUCUACAGCGUGAAGGAUCAGAGCCUAAGCAGAGAGGAGCGACAGCGUCGAGAGGAUGCAGAACGCGCUGAGAUGGAGGCGGAGAUGAAGGCAGCCGAGGUGCAAUUGGCCCGACACAAGGAGGAACUCGAACGUUCCAUGAGCUCCUCUCGCAUCCAUCCGAUAGCCACUCCAGGCUUCAGAAAACCGGGCACUCCAGCGUUCAUGAUGGCUAAAUCAGGCGUGAACGAGAAGCAAGGUAUGUAUCAGGAUGUCAAUGAAUUCGAGGAGUUCAUCGUGGAAGAUUGGGACGCAAAUGAGGAGGAUGCGAGUGAUAAAAAUGUGUGGGAUGAAGAGUGGGAUCGUGAGGAUUACGAAAAUGAUGAAUUUACACAACGCCUGAGGAGCGACCUUCAAAAGUGGGGAUACCUGGCAUGA